AUGAGGUCUUUGUCGCUCAUGGUAGCUUUUCGCCUUAAAGACUACGACGCCAGCGGCUUUCCUGGCCUCUACCGCGAGACUUGCGUGUCCAACGAAGCGGUGUGCCCCUGUGGGACCAACGCGCAGCAGUGCCACGAUCCACAUUGGGAUUACCACUACUGCUACCCGCUUGUGGACUACUGGACGAACAGCACCAUGCGCUGCCCAGUGUAUUGCACCGACGAACAGGACUACUGCUACAGUCCCAGUUACGAUGCCAACGGAAACUGGCUCAGCACGGUGGAAUCUUGCGUCACGAAAGGCACACAGUGCCAAUGCACCGGCCAGAACUCCUUUGCGUGUGACUUCAACGAGUGGGGCUACAGCUGGCGCGAGUGCCUGCCUCUGGAAGGAGGCUUCUGCCCUCAGACCUGCGCCACGAAUGAGGUAAGCUGCCCUUCCGUGGAGGACUACAUGCCGAAUGGGACUUGGCUGGGCUUCUCCGACCCGUCGACGAGCUGCGCUGCCAACCUCGACUCCUGCCCCUGUGGCAAAGAGGCCAAGUUCUGCAGCGGUUCCACCAUCCGCUGCAUCUUCAAGGAUGAAGAUUGCCCUGUCAUCUGCACCGACAGCCAGAAGAAGUGCUACAUCACGGACUACACGGCGGGAGAGGAGUUCAUCAGCGAUCGGGAGGUGUGCGUGGCCUCCAAUGCUACAUGCCCGUGCGGCAAGAAUACGCAGCGGUGCCCCGGCUCGGACGCUUGCCUCUUGCCGUCAAGCACGGCCAUUGUCUGCCCUUGCGGCGAGGCAGAGCAGCAAUGCGACGUGCUGGAUUACACAACAACAGGCAAGAAGUCGAACAUCACCACGCAGUGCGUGAACAAAGGCAUCAAAUGCCCCUGCGGCAAGAACACGCUGACCUGUGCAGAUCCCAAUGAUGCCGAAGCCGACAUCUGCACUCCGAAAUACAGCGGAUCGAUCCUCAACAGCUGCCCCAAGCCCUGCACGCCGUCGCAGGAGGCAACCGGUAACCGCACCUGCAUCCAGACGCACCUUUCAGACUCGGGCGACUUCGUCUCCGAAACGAUCAGCUGCGUGCCGCCGGCCAACUGCCUGGCGGGCCAGAACAUGCAGAAGUGCCUGUCCGGUGCGCACGUCCCGGUUUGGAAGCAAUGCAAGGACCUGUACAACGUGGGAGGCAGCAACGCCUCGGCGGCCGUAGCCAGUGGUGAGCAGCAGACGUCCAAAGUGUUCCUUUCCCUGGGCUCGACGGGCAGCAACGCCCUGGAAGGGCUCGAGAACGCACGCGUCUCCAUGAAUGGCGAGCUCUACCUGCCCAAGGGGCAUCUCGCCUACGCUUUCGACCUACACCACCUUGCUUAA